GAGGCUCCGGCAUGUUGCAGGCUCGGGGCUCCCUCGCGGUCUCGCCCCUUCCCCGCCUUCCCCGCCCCGCCAGGACCGGGGCCAGUGCGGCCGGGGGAGGAGCGGAGCCCAGGGACCGGGCUGGAAAUGGAGCUUCCGGAGCCGCAGGGAAGGGGCUCGGGGGUGUUUGGGUUUGGACAGAUGGGCAGCUGGAGAAAGUAAGGGCCGAGGCAGGCCCGCGGGCUGGGGUGGGGGGAGCCGCGGCGUCCCGGCCCUUUGUAUUGCAACUUUGCGAACAAGUUGGCCCGGGGCCGACACUGGGCUUUGCCGACCGGAGUGACCCGGUAUCUCGACCCGAGCGGGUGGAGCAGCCCAGGGCCUGGGACCCCGGGUGGUCAGAGAGUGAAGAGAAGGGGGGGCGCUCCGCAGCCCGGCUCGUCCUCCGCGGGUCCUCUUCCUACCUGGUGGCUUUCCUGACAAAAGUUCACAGGAUCUUGAACUAUUUACAUCUGGAAUUUUUCGUGGAAGACUUGAAGCCUGAGGUUGAGACACUCUCAAGUCCCCCCACCCUCUCUCCUUCUCAUGUGGAUCUGACCGGGUCUAUAGCUUGGUACAGCCAUCACUGUGCCUACCCUCUGUCUGGUGCCAGUGGCUGGUCAGAGGAAAUGCCACCCACAGAGUAAAGUGUGGUUUUAUAGCGUAGUGGUUACUACUAUUUGUGGUAAGCACAAACCAUGUAAAUGAUCAUUUACUAAAGUGUGAGGAGCACUCAAAUAAGCAGACAUAGGAAGAAGGAUGAUGGCAGAGCCCCAGAACUGACAACACCAGAAUGCCACUACCUCUUCCAGGACCAAAGGAACAAGUGAUAAAGAAAGUUAUCAAAUCACAAGCAAUGAAGUAGGUCUGCAGGUCUCUCUCUCUCUCUUUCUCUCUCUCCCUCUCUCCCUCUCCCUCCUCUCUCUCUCUUUCUCUCUCUCCACCUCUAUGUCCAUCUCCAUACUCAGUUUCUCUCUGUCCUAUCAAAUAAAAAUAGUAAGAAAGCAAAAAUGGGCCUCUGG